UUAAAGACAAUCCAGUUGCAUUGAAUGUAUACAGUAAAAAGGAUACCUAUUUUUAUACUGGUUCAUCUACAAGAGGUAGUUGUUAUGCUUAUUCACUCGAUGAAUCAUCCACUGAUGAUACAUAUUGGAAAGUAGAUAUAAUCAAUGGGGAUAGCGAUAUAAUUGCUAUUGAUGAUGGUAAUAAUAAUUAUACCGAACCACUAUUUAGACCACCAUUUGAUAAAACAGUCUAUGAAAAAGUUGGUCAUGUUGAAGUUCAAUGUACACUACUCAAUAAAACAAAUAAUACUCUAGUUUAUUCUGCUAUAAAAAAUAUUUAUAUUAUAG